UUUUCAUAUCCUUUUAGAGAAAACAAUAUAACGAAUGUUAUAGAAUCUACAUUUAGUGUAGAGAAUAAUAGUUUUGGUGCUUUAGUUGUACACGAACUUAAACCAUCGGGCGCUUCCAUACCAGUAACAGAAGAUAAUAAACGUGAAUAUGUUAAGCUAUAUGUUAAUUAUAGAUUUAUGCGGGGUAUUGAACAACAAUUUUUAGCAUUACAAAAAGGCUUUUGUGAAUUGAUACCGAGUCAUUUAUUGAGACCAUUUGAUGAACGCGAAUUGGAAUUGGUUAUUGGCGGUAUAUCCAGUAUUGAUGUCAACGAUUGGCGCAACAAUACGAGACUGAAACAUUGUACACCGGAAACACAACAAGUUAUAUGGUUUUGGCAGGUGGUGGAAUCCUAUUCAUCGGAAAUGCGUGCUAGACUUUUACAAUUUGUUACCGGUUCAUCACGUGUUCCUUUACAAGGUUUUCGUGCAUUACAAGGUUCUACCGGUGCCGUAGGUCCACGACUUUUUACCAUACACUUGACCCAAGAUGUACCCACACAAAAUCUACCCAAAGCUCAUACAUGUUUUAAUCGUAUUGAUUUGCCACCCUAUGACAGUUAUCAGCUGUUGUAUGAUAAACUUACACAAGCUGUAGAAGAAACUUGUGGCUUUGCCGUAGAAUAAUUGAGAAGUUUUUGAAUAGAUUUGCAAACAUAAAGAUAAAUGUGAUGAAAGUAUAUACUUAUACAUAUAAUAAAAAAAAUUAAAAUAAAAUUAUAACUUAAUAAGAAGUAAAAUACGAACAAAAAUAAAAAAAUUUUUAAAAUAUUAAAAUAAAGAGAAAACUUGAGACCAGGAUAUUUAAAACUUAAAUAAUAGCUUAAACUUUCCUUUCAUCUGCCACCCCUACUCCUCACUCUCUCACAGCAUAAACAGCAUAUCAUUUAAUCAUCAAACAAACAUUAAUAAUCUGACCACACAUACACACACAGUUACAACUUUGUUACGCAUAAACAUAUUUUUAUUUGCUGCACAUAUAAUUUAGUUAUAGGUUUAACUAUAUAUUCUCCUAUUAUUUUCAAUCCUCCACACCUCUUUAUACAAUCUAAACCCAACCACCUCCCUCAUCCCCCCAUAAACUCAACAUUAAACUUAUUAAAUCAUAGUAAUAUUUAAAUAAAAUAUGAUAAUAUAAACAAUAUUCUUACAUCUAUUUAUAAUAAGCAACAACACAUUUAUUGUAAGAAAUAUAAACAAAAUUCCUUUCUUUUUUUUAA